GGAGGUCGUGGAUUCGUUUGAUCAUGGUGUCCAUCAUAAGUCAUAAUGUUCUAUCGCGAUAUCAGACUCGAAAAACUUGAGACAGAGUUUCGCAAUGAGUAUUCGAGCGCACAGACUUCAUCGAUUCGGGUCUACAGUCCGAUCGUUCCAUAUCAGGUCCAGCUCUCCAUCGCCCGGAACAAUACCUCGGAUUCCCUAACUGUUGUCGAGUACCACAUUGCUGUCUGCAGCAAACCUGUUCCCCUGUGGGGAAAUGCGGUUCUCGCGAGUUUAUUCAGCCCGGAUAGAAGAUGCGAAUCCAUCGUGACUACGAACUCCUCCGUGGAUCUCUUACGGGAGCCGUGGACAGACUACGAGAUCUCGGUGAUAGCCUGCUACGGAGCUUUCGAUUCCGACGAUCCCGUGAACGUGUCGCUGCCGAUUCUCAAAAAGGACCCGGAACCGCUUUCUGGCCUGGCUUGGGUCGAGGCUCAGAGGUUGCUUGUUUGGGAAUACGAAUCUCCGCUGUCGAGCGGAUUCUCAAUCUCCAUAUGUCCGGCGCGGAACGACCCGACUGUGCUUUGCAGCAACAUCGAAGCCGGACCUCUGGAUCGGCAAUACCAUAUCGACUCGAGCUUAGGGACUGAGGGCGGGUUCGUCGUAGUUGCUUAUCCCUUCAUCAGCUACGAAGGCUCUACAUACCGCGGAUCUAAAUCUGAAAUUUCGGUGAAUCUUCCGGAUGCAUCUGGUAACCAAUAAAAAAGGCGAAUAAAUGUGUUCUUUGUACGGAAACGA